AUGAUGAACUCGUAAUCUCAAAGUGUUAUGAAUACUUUAGGAGGGUCAAAACGAUAUGUGUCCCCGUAUGAGAAACCUCAGAAUUAGGAUAAUGAUCUAAGAAAAAUACAAUAAUCAAUUGGACAUUAAGCUAAAUCCAGAAUGAUUAAUCCAGAUCAGUCUGAAUAGGUUAGUGUGAUAGGUGACAACAACAAUGUUAGCAAACUAUCUAAUUUGUCCUAAUUUGCUCAAUUCAUGUAUAUUCCGUGUUCGACUCAUCCAGAAUUUUUUAUAACAACUUUAUGUUAAGAAUAAAAUUGUGUAGAGCCUCUAUGUGCAGAAUGCAUUAAAAAUCAUAUGGAACAGCAUCAGAAGAGAGGGAGAUAGCCUAAAUUUGAGAACAUAUUGAGAGUCAGGAAAGAUCAGAUUUACAGGGUAGAAGACUUAUUAAAAUAAUUGCAUGAAAAGUUGAAGGAAGCAAAGUCAUAUUUCAAUGAAACACCAUAGAUUGUCUAUAAUAAUGCAUUGGAGUAGGUCAAAUUUAUACAUGGUUAAAUAUCAGAUAUGAUAAAUGAUUACUUUUAAGGUCUAUACAGAGAAUUAAAUGAGUACAAUUAAGAUUAGCAGUUGAAAUAGUUGAAUUAACUUGAGGAGGAUAUAGUGCAAUAAUAGAAUGAAUUAUUGAAAUUAUAAUAGGACUUACAAAAUGAUAAUUAUGUAAAGGCCAUUACAUCAAUUUUUGUAAAUAAAGAGUAGAUAUUCAGUGAAAUAAAUAUAUUUAGAUUAGAAAAAAUGGUAAAGGAUUACAAUCAAAGUAAGGUAGAAGUAGUGUUAGAAAAGAGUAAUUUAGAACUAUUUUAGACGUAUUGUAAGAAAUUGUGCUAUUUAUUAAAAAAUAAAAAGCCAGUUCCCGUCUCUCAAUUAAAGCAAUCAUAAUUACCCACUUUAUAAUAGGUGUAAUCAUCAAAGAUUUAAUAAACUUAGGAAGUAGAUUAAAAACUGUAUUAAUCAUCAUUGGUUUUCUCAAAAUUAGUGUCUGCAGACCUACCACCAAUAGUAAAUCCAACUUCUUUGAUUUCAGAGAAUUUAACAAAUGAAACAGCAAAAAGCAGAUUCAAUUAUUAAAAUCACUUUGAGGAUGAAAAGGAUCAAGUUAUUGUAAGAUUGGAAGAAGGAGGAUUUGCUGCUUAUAUUUAUGAUAUCUAAUCUUAAAAAUACAGAAUAGAAACUAUAAAUAGCGCUCUUAAAAUACCACUAUGUCAUAAAUUAUAUACUACUUCAUUUGGAAAACAUUUAGUAAUAGGCGGAGUUGAUAGGGAUAAGUCAAGAUUCAAAGCAAUAGCACAUGUAUACGAAUUCAAUCAUGAUACUCUCUAAUUGACUUUGCAUUCUGAGAUGGUUUUGCCUAGGUCAUUGACAUCAGCUUGUUAAGUGGACAAUUUCUUAUAUGUUGUAGGAGGAUCUUCAACAAAUGAUGAAAAUACUUCAUUGGCAAAAGCAGAGAAAUUAGACUUGACAACAAGGAAAUGGUAUACUAUAGAGGAUCCAUUCUAUAAGACAACUGGCUGUGCUUUAGUGGCGACUGAUUACAAUACGUUAAUAAAAAUUGGAGGCAAAAGUGAUAUUUUUACACCUUGUAAUUCAGUGGAAUCUUAUGAUAUUCAAAAGAACUUAUGGACUACAAUAGAUUUCAAGUUUUUGUCAUCAGGAUAUUUGAGAUUACCAUUCUAGAGUUGUGCAGUUACUAUUUCUCAGGAUCAAAUACUGAUUAUCGGUGGAUCAAUUCAUGAUGUAAGAACUGAUGAAACUCAAGUAAGAAGUAAAAGUUAAUAAUAGAUUUUUAAUGUAAAACAAAAAACCAUUUAGAGAUCUUCCCAAUUGCCAGGUUCAAUUGAGUUUCCCACUCAAACAGCAAUACUCUAAUAGAAUAGUGUAUUUAUUCUUACUGAAAAUGAAUAACCUUUGCUUUAUGGCAAUUCAGAUGGAUUUAGAUAUUAAUGA